UUUGCCUAACUAUACGUUUCCUCCCACUAUAAGUGCGCGUCACCUCCCGGCCGCCCAAGCUCGUAUCCGCCUCUCUCCCCCUCUCUCUCUCUCUCUCUCUCUCGCCUCGCACCGCGUCCCCUCCCUCUCCUUUCGCGUGCGCUCCACCAGCAAAAGCUUCCACAUAAAGAAGAACAAGAGAAACCUUGAUCUGUUGGGUGCCAGUCAAACCUCAACAACCAAGUUUCAUGUCUGAUCUCGACGUUACGCUUCCAUCUGCCUUCGAUCCUUUUGCUGAGGCAAAUGCUGAGGAUGCUGGUGCAGGCCCCGGCGCAAAAGAUUAUGUGCAUGUGCGCAUCCAGCAGCGCAACGGCAGGAAGAGUCUGACUACUGUUCAGGGCCUAAAGAAAGAGUUCAGCUACAACAAGAUCCUCAAGGAUCUCAAGAAGGAAUUCUGCUGCAAUGGCACAGUAGUCCAGGAUCCCGAGCUAGGCCAGGUCAUUCAGCUUCAGGGUGAUCAGCGUAAGAAUGUUGCUACUUUCCUAGUCCAGGCCGGGAUUGCGAAGAAGGAGCUCAUCAAGAUCCACGGCUUCUAAGCCAAGGCCACCGCCACCACCGAUAAAUGCUCGAGCCGCAAGCCAGUUCUUCCCCUAUAUUGAAGACAUAAGGCAUUCUCUAUAUAUUGCCGCUUGUUUGGACCGUCUCUUGCUUGAUGCAAGUUGUGUUGUCACCUGAUUAUUAUGCUGCUGUACCAGCACAUCAGUAUGGUUUGUCCGAGAUGUUGCCGACUAAAUAAAAAUCCCUAUCGUUUGUCUA